AUCGCUGGUACAAGAUACAGCCGCGUCCUUACUUACCCGGACACACGGAAUCCGCGAUCUGGGGAAGUACGGGGACACCCGCAUACUCUGAGACAGGUGAGAGCAUACGGGUGGGAAGGAACAGCAGCAAGGGGAUGGCCAGUGAGACCCACAGGGUGCACGUGGUCACGUGGAAUGUGGCGACUGCGGAACCUCCCAGUGAUGUCAGCUCCCUCCUUCAGCUGGAGUCCCAGAAUUCCAUCGACCUUUAUGUCAUUGGUCUGCAGGAGGUGAAUGCCACUCCUCUGCGUUUCAUUGCAGACCUGGCCUUUGAGGACUCCUGGAGUCACCUCUUCAUGGCCGCCCUGGCCCCACUGGGCUACGUAAAGGUCUCCUCCAUUCGAAUGCAGGGGCUUCUCCUGCUCAUCUUUUCGAGGCAGGCCCACCUCCCCUUCAUCCGGGACAUCAAGACCACCUACACGCGCACAGGCCUCUUCGGAUACUGGGGCAACAAGGGCGGGGUGUCCGUGCGUCUGUCCUUCUAUGGCCACAUGCUGUGUUUCCUGAACUGCCACCUGGCGGCCCACAUGAACUACGCGCUGCAGCGGGUUGACGAGUUCGAGUACAUCCUGGACUCGCAGGACUUCGACAUACACAGCACACCGCACGUCCUGGACCACAAGCUGGUCUUCUGGCUCGGUGACCUCAACUUCAGGAUCGCUGAUCAUGGGAUGCACUUCUUGCGGUCUGCUAUCAACAGCAGCCGCUUCAACCUGCUGUGGGAUAGGGACCAGCUAACUAUGAUGAAGAAGAAGGAGCCCUUCCUGCAGGAGUUUGAGGAGGGGCCGCUCACCUUCAGACCCACCUACAAGUUCGACCGCUAUUCCGACAGCUAUGACACCAGGGCACAGAGGACAUGGUUGGGCUUUAACGGUAAAAAGAGGAAGCCAGCCUGGACUGACAGGAUCCUGUGGAGAGUGAAGCCCAAAGCCCCGCCCUCGGGGGAAGAGGACGAGCAGGACGGCCCAAAGGAAGACGAGGAGGAGGAGUUUCCUCUCAAGGUGAUGCAGGACACCUACACUUGUGUCAUGGAAUACGGCGUCAGCGACCACAAGCCCGUGAUUGGCUCCUUCAGGCUGGAGCUGAAGAAGAAGAUCGAGACCCCGCUGGUCCGGGUCUACGCGGAGGGCAAGUGGAGCGCGGACCAAGAUGCCAUGGUGACCUACAGCAUCCUAGAGCCCUUCCCUUCCAGUACCUGGGACUGGAUUGGGCUUUACAAGGUUGGUUUCAAGAGUGCCUCAGACUACGUCACCUACACCUGGGUGAAGGACGAUGAGGUUUCCAACAGCGAUGAGCGAGUGCAGGUUUACGUGAGUAAGGAGGAGAUACCGUUACUCGGGGGAGAGUAUGUGCUCUGUUACUACAGCAGCAACAUGCAAAGCAUCGUGGGCAUCAGCCCCCCAUUCCAGGUUCAAGAGUCCAGGGCAGCUGUUGAGGAGGGGUUAGUGCCUGAGAAUAUCAAUGGGUUGGACAAGGCAAUCAGCAGUUAAUGCUGCAAAGAAAGGCCCCCUCCUUGGAGCAGUCAGAUAAGCCACACCCCUGUGGCGCCACCCUGUCUUGUUGCCUGGGAGAUGGGAGUCCUACGCUGUCAUGGCGUUUCUCCUGUCUGUCUAGAAGAGCUCUGUGUUAACUUCGUAUUGAGACCAGUGGUCUCUCCUGCUAAGUUUCAAGGAAAUGUAUGGUAAAGCAUGUUGUGUCAGAAAGACUGAAUCUCGCAUUGUGAAGAAAGGUUGUGUGCAAUAUCAGUACUAAUGGCUACGGAAAGAACGUACAGAAAGGCUGGAUGGAGAUGUUUGCAGUGGUAUGCAUGCUUGUGUGUCUGUGUGUGUGCGUAUGUGCAUAUGCAUGCAUGUAUGUGUAUGUGUGUGUGGGCAUGUGUGCAUGCUCAUUGACUUACAGAAGAUCUGUGGUUCUCAUCUUCUAAGAAGUCCAAGGAGGGUGGCUUACUGUUACCCACAGAAACGACAAACCUCUUUCUGUCAAUCAAUGUUUUAAUCAAUGUUUCAUUAAUAGUUUUAUGAUGUAAAACAGUGUAGAAAGUCUAAAGGA